UGACCUGGACCCUGGACGUGAUCACGUAAUACGUAAUGGAUGAUGGCAACCCGACGGGCCCAUCUACCAAUAUCUCUUGAUGCACCUCCGGCGGGGUCCGACACUGGUCGUGAGCUAUUUGAAGGCUGCAGAAACGGUGAUGUGACCCGUGUUAAGAAGCUGGUUACGCCUCACAAUGUGAACUCGCGGGAUACUACAGGAAGAAAGUCUACUCCUCUUCAUUUUGCUGCUGGGUUUGGGCGGCGAGAUGUGGUCGAACAUCUUCUACAAAAUGGGGCCAAUGUUCACGCCAAGGAUGAUGGUGGCCUGAUUCCCCUGCACAAUGCCUGCUCCUUUGGCCAUGCAGAAGUAGUGCAGCUCCUUUUGAAGCAUGGCGCUGACCCUAAUGCAAGGGAUAACUGGAACUACACACCACUUCACGAAGCAGCAAUCAAAGGAAAGGUUGAUGUGUGCAUAGUGCUUCUGCAGCAUGGGGCAGACGCAUCUAUCCGCAACACAGAUGGAAAAAUUCCGCUGGACCUGGCGGACCCAUCGACCCGCAGUGUGCUCACAGGGGACUACAGAAAGGAUGAGCUGCUCGAGUCUGCUCGCAGUGGCAAUGAGGAGAAGCUUCUGGCACUGCUUACAUCUAUAAAUGUCAAUUGCCAUGCCAGCGAUGGCCGCAAGUCUACACCACUCCACCUCGCAGCAGGCUACAACAGAGUGCGGAUUGUCCAGCUCCUCCUGCAGCAUGGGGCUGAUGUUCAUGCCAAAGAUAAAGGUGGUCUGGUGCCUUUACAUAAUGCGUGUUCCUACGGCCAUUUUGAAGUGACUGAGAUGUUGAUAAAGCAUGGGGCCAAUGUGAAUGCCAUGGAUCUGUGGCAAUUCACACCACUGCACGAAGCAGCCUCCAAGAGUCGAGCUGAGGUGUGCUCACUGCUACUGGCACAUGGAGCUGACCCUGGUCUGCUCAACUGCCACUCGAAGAGCCCAGUCAUGGUAGCUCCUUCCCGUGAUCUCCAGGACCGCAUGCUUUAUGAGUACAAAGGACAUGCACUACUGGAUGCAGCUCGGCAGGCUGACCUGGCACGCAUCAAAAAGUACAACACUCCUGAUGUAGCCAACUUCAAGCAUCCAUUCACAGGAGACACAUCCUUGCAUGUGGUUGCAGUUUCUUCAUUUCCCAAGCGUAAACAGGCUAUAGAAUUGCUGCUCCGGAAGAAUGCUAACAUCAACGAAAAGAACGAAGAGUAUUUGACGCCAUUGCACCUAGCAGCUGACAAAUCUCAUCUUGAUGUCGUGGACGUUCUGAUGAAAAAUGGUGCAAAGGUGAAUGCACUGGACAGCUUGGGGCAGACUGCACUGCAUCGGUGUUCUCGAGAAGGAAAUGUGCAAGCUUGCCGCUUGCUCCUGUCGGCUGGGGCUGACCCUGGUAUAGUGAGUGGGCAAGGCUAUACAGCGUCACAGUUGGCCAGUGAUGCAGUUCAGCAGCUUUUGCAUGAACCUCAGCACAGCAGUGGAGAUGCGGAGUUCCAGCUGCUUGAAGCAGCAAAAGCUGGAGAUCUUGACAUUGUGAAGAAAUUGAUAUCGUCUCAUGCUGACAUUGUGAACUGCAGAGAUGUGGAUGGGCGACAGUCAACACCAUUGCACUUUGCAGCAGGGUACAAUCGUGUGGCAGUGGUUGAAUUCUUGCUUCAGCAUGGGGCGGAUGUUCAUGCCAAAGACAAAGGGGGCUUGGUGCCUCUACAUAAUGCUUGCUCAUAUGGUCAUUAUGAAGUAGCUGACCUUUUGGUGAAGCAUGGUGCCAGUGUAAAUGUUUCUGAUCUCUGGAAGUUCACGCCACUUCAUGAAGCAACUGCUAAAGGAAAAUAUGACAUUGUGAAGCUGUUGCUUAAGCAUGGAGCUGACCCAAGCAAGAAGAACCGUGACGGUAAUACACCUCUUGAUUUAGUGAAAGAUGGUGACCAAGAUGUGGCAGAUCUUCUCAAAGGGGAUGCUGCACUUUUAGAUGCUGCUAAGAAGGGCAAUCUUGCAAGGGUCAUGAAGCUGGUAUCAAGUGAAAAUAUUAAUUGUAGGGACUCUCAAGGCAGGAACUCAACACCACUGCAUUUGGCGGCCGGAUACAACAACCUGGAAGUUGCAGAGUUGUUACUUGAAAAUGGUGCAGAUGUCAAUGCACAGGACAAAGGAGGCCUGAUUCCACUUCAUAAUGCAUCUUCUUAUGGGCAUUUGGACAUAGCAGCCUUGUUGAUAAAAUACAAUACUGUGGUGAAUGCUACUGACCGGUGGGGCUUUACACCACUGCAUGAGGCUGCACAAAAAGGUCGGACACAGCUCUGUGCCUUGUUGCUGGCACAUGGCGCAGACUCAACAAUGAAGAACCAUGAAGGUCAGACACCUCUAGACAUUGCAGCAGCAGAAGAUGUGCGCUGCCUGCUGACCGAUGCCAUGCCUCCACAUGCCCUCCCUCCUUCGACUAAAGCAUCAGCAGUUCAGCCACAAUGCCCAUCCAACAUGCUAGGAGGAAGCCCACUGUCAGCGCUGUCAUUGGAAGCCCUGGAGGCUGAAAUCCCUGCAGCCAUGAGCCUGCUGUCAACACAGCGGGCCGGUCACGUACGAGAGGGCUCAGCAGCCAGUGAACCUCUCGCUGAGCUGACGACACACAACAAAGAAUUUAUGCAGUUUCUCACCAACAUUGGCCUGGGGCAUCUUUGUGAGCUUUUUGAGAAAGAGAUGAUUACAAUUGACAUCUUGGCUGAGAUGGGUCACGAGGAACUGAAGCAGAUAGGCGUGUCUGCUUACGGGCACCGACACAAGUUGAUGAAGGGCAUUGAGAAGCUGCUCACAGGUCGAGCAAUCUCGUCGUCACUUAUGCCCAACACAACCGGAACUGUCUUAGUGGACCUUUCGCCUGAUGAUAAAGAGUACAUGGCUGUAGAAGAGGAGCUUCAAGCUACCAUCCGUGAACAUAGGGAUAAUGGAUAUGCGGGUGGAAUUUUUAUGCACUACAACAUCAUCAAGAUUCAAAAAGUGCGCAACCGGAAACUCCUGGAACGCUACUGCCAUCGGAGGAAAGAAGUUGCUGAGGAAAACCACAACCAGUCCAAUGAGCGCAUGCUCUUUCAUGGCUCACCCUUCAUCAAUGCAAUUGUUCAGAAGGGGUUUGAUGAACGCCAUGCCUACAUUGGGGGCAUGUUUGGAGCUGGGAUUUAUUUUGCAGAGAACUCAUCCAAAAGCAAUCAGUAUGUCUAUGGCACCUGCGGAGGAACGGGCUGCCCAAUACACAAAGAUCGUUCCUGCUACAUCUGCCACAGGCAAAUGCUGUUGUGUCGUGUGACACUGGGCAAGUCAUUCCUGCAAUUCAGUGCCAUGAAGAUGGCACAUGCUCCACCUGGUCACCAUUCAGUCAUUGGGCGGCCCAGCGUAGGUGGACUCUCCUACCCCGAGUAUGUUGUCUAUCGGGGCGAGCAGGCGUACCCGGAGUACCUGAUAUCCUACCAGAUAGAGAAACCUCAGGAUCAGGUCGUUCCGAGUUCGUAACAAGGUCUACUCCUGGCGAAGAACCACAUUAUGGAUUCCAUGUCUUUGCAGUGACCACAGCCUUCGAUGGGGGAUCAGUGUCUGUGUGUGUUCAGUGGCAGUUUUUUGGUGUAUGAGAAUGAUGAAGGUUCUUUGUUCAAGCACAGGCUGUCCUAGGUACGGCAAAACACUCUGAAGCUGGUUCAAUGUAUAUAGGAAGUGCUAGAAAGAGAGAAUUUUAAUAUGAAAAUAGCAUUUUGAAACUAGAGCAGGCUUUAAGUGACAUUGAAACUGAAUUUUAGUUAGGCAUUGUUGGCCUUUUUAACUGAGUAGUAGGCCAAAAUGCAAUACAGUUCUUGUGGUGAUAAAGGUAUCUUACUUUGUGGGGCUUGUCCCAAGCAGCUCAUUUUGCUGAGAUCGGUGUAAUGUGAUAGUGCUUAUUUCUUCGUGUACAUAGCUUAUUGUGUGUAUGAAUGCAUCCUUUUCUAGAGUUUUAUCGUUUGCGUGACAUAUGUGCUAUUUAUAGGCCUGUUUUUAGUUGCCCAUUGUCGAACUGGCAUAGGUAAGAGUUAUUUCACAUAUAAGAUGUGGAAUCUUUCAGAGAUUUGCAAUGAUACAUAAUACUUAUUUUGUGAGUGGCUUGCAUGAUCUUAUAUCACUGUAUACUGUUGUAAUAGCCACACUCUUAUCUUUUAAAGAAAAGGGUUUUUUUGUUGUUUUUUCUUUAGUGGGUUGCUGUGUGAGGUAAUGUUUUACGAUUAGUAUGCAAGAGAUAAUAUACAGCAGCCUGGUAAGGAAACCAAUGUUUGGUGGUCAGCCAGUUGAAGCUUGGCAGGAAUGAAUUUAUCUAGGCUGAACAGUUAGUGAGGACACAGAUCAUGAAUGAGAAAUAAAUCUCCAUACAAAUAAAAAUGGGUUGGAGCACAUAUGAUGGGCACUCCCUGGUCAUGAGCAACAGCUUGUCACUGUCUUUGAAAGGCAUGUAGUGAGUGCAUUCUGCCAGUAAUAACCUAUAGGGCUUCAGAUGCUGGGGAGACUUUGCCAUGAGAAAUGCAAGGCAAAAUAUUUUAUAUGGUAAUGUUAUAGUACACGGAGCAGACAACUAUUAGAGUGUUGCAAAAUGGGAGGGAAUUGCAGCAAGGUGUGGACGGAGUCGGCUGAUGCAAGGCAAGCAUUGGGCCCUGCAAUGGAGAUAUGUAUCCAACCUACUGACCUUUUUAGGUGAAAGCCAUCUUCUUGGGAACAGAGCACCAAGUAUAUUUUAGUUGUGUGAGGCCAUAUUGGUCUAGGGAUUUUGUUCUUUGUUACAUUCGUCCCAACCUAAAUGAGCCUGCAUGGUCGUCUCAUUUUCUUAAAGCCAAUGGUUAACCUUCAUGUAAAAACUUCCAAGUAUUGUUAUUCCUGUAAUAAUUCCUCUUCUGCUUUUACAAGAAGAAAGGGUGUGGUUGUUAUGUAAGUCAGUAUGGUACAGUAGGUAGAAAAGCAGUUGAGAAAGCGAGAAACUUUAUGGAAGCUUGUUACAUCUGAGAAGGUGAUGAAAGUAUUGGUUGUUGCAUUCACUUCUGUGGAAACGGUUUGAGAGCUUGUAGUAAGUGUUGGCAUCUGUGUGUGAAGACACUGUGGUGUUGCCAUCUUUUCAUGACAUGCUGAUGCAUGUGUUUCCACUGCUCAGUUUCAAUGUGCUUGCAUUUCUGGAGCAUUGCCGGCUCCAGAAUAUGGUUUGCUGUCACCACUUUAGCACUGCUUUGUUUUCACUCAAGUUUUACAGCAAAAUGACAUUUUUGGUACGCAUUGUUUAUCCUAGUUGGGAACCGUCUGGAAAGGUUGGAAAUACAGGGACUGGUUUCGCCAGCUGUCUACAGUAUACAAACAGUAAUAAUGCCCCCCACAGUAGCCCAGUAGCUAUGGCAUUCUGCUGCUGCUAAGCACACAUAAUCGCAUUAUUUAAAUGCUAGCUAAAGAAGAAAAUUACUUGAGCUGUAUUAUUAAGUGACGCUAUUGCAAUACAAAGCAACUCUUACUGUGAGAGGAGGAGGAGUCUUGAUAAGCCAGAAAUACCUGUGACAACACCAGCUCACCGUGACGUGUGCAGUGGUGGCAAUAUGUAGUGGCAUGGUAAAAUCAAAGGAAAGCAGGUUGGCAGAACACACAGCCAGUAGAGCCAUUGCAGAAUAUAGGAACAGGUGUCAGUUAUAGCGGAGAUUUGUAGAAGCACCAGUUAGCGGCUGUAGUGAAGCAUCUGAAAAGUAUUUACAAGGGUUCGCUAUUCCGAGUUUGAAGCGACUCUGGUAUGUACUGUAGCAAAGGAAUCAAGAAAGAAGGCUGUUAGAACUGCCUUUGAUGCUUGAGUUGCUGUGAUUGGCAGACAGAUUGACUACAUUGUAUUAAAAGAGUCCUAUACUGAAUUUAACAACAUUUAUUACCGAGUCAAAACUGCCCAAAUACCCCCCCCCCCCAAAAAAAAAAAAAAACUUUUAAAAUUCAUGAUAUCACACUGAUGUGCCGGCACUAGAGUUUUGGUGAAAAGUUCAAAAAGUCCUUGACCUUCAUUUUCUCUUCUUAUGAUCAACCUAUAAACCAAAGUAGGGUCAUGAAACAAUAUCAGUCUUCACUGAUUUAAACCUUUUUCCCUCCACUGUGGCAUCACUGUGAAGUUUUGGGGGUGUUAAGCCCUACAAUGCCAAGAGUAUCUUUUAGUGAUGUGGGCCAAACAAUCCGACCUUGUUGCAAAAUAUGAAUGAAAACAAGGCUAGUGUAAGCACAGAAGCUUGCUUUAAUGUAAUUAACAGUUGGCAUUGGCACACCUUCCACUGCACUGCAAGCGCUGCAGUCAUGGUGGUAGCUAAAAGUGCGGUCAUAGCUGAACAAAAUAGUUUAUUCUAUGCCAGGUUUCUCUUCUUUCUUGUGACCCAGGGCACUGUGGUUCAAGCGCAAAAUGAAGACUUCUUGCUUGUCUUUUGAAUUUAUGGUUGGCAUUUUUAAGGCAAUACUGAUGGGUGUGCAAACGAGGUCUAGGUUUUUGUAUACAUAGGAGUAUAUGCAGCUGACUAUAAGUCUCGGAGAACAGAUCAUGAAAUGCAGUUUGGGCCCACAUCAUUCUGUAAAUUCAUUGUUUAUUAUGUGUGCAUUUUUUACUUUAUUAUAAGUAUCUUUCUGAACUGUUCAUUGCUGAUAUAACCUAUGUAAGGCAUGUUCCUUUGUAUUGUUGAUACAUUAUUUCUAACCUGAAACAUUAGUGCCCAGCUGUAGAACGAUUGACACUCUUCAUUCCAUUGCUUCUUUUGUUGUAUUUCUUAACCUUAACUUUUGCAUGAUCUCUUGAUGGCCCUGCGAAUGCUGAACAUGUUCUACUUAGGUUUAACUUGUUUGUAAAUACCUUUACCUACCCUGAGCAAAAUGAAAGGGUGCAUAAAUUUCCGAUGCAGAAAUUUUUCAAGCCAUGCCUGUCAUUAUGGUUGGGCAUUAGAUACUUUCUUGUUUUAAAAGCGUGGGGAAAAAAGUGUUUAAGAAAAGUUUAAGCAACAUUGCUGCACCUGGUUUUGCUGGCUGGUUAGGUGGCUGUGGUAAGUCAGCAUUCGUUACAAUGGACCCGCGUACAACAGACUUUCGCAUAUAACAGAUCAUAUUUCAACCUUAGUUUGCUCUACCUAUUUUGUUCAUGCAACAAAGUUCACUUUCAACUGAUCGCACUAACUGGACGAAAUUAGCGGCAGUUUUUGUCAAAAUCGGAUGUAUAAAAGGGACUUUUGCUGUGUCAACACGGACUGACAACUGACUUGCAAGGAUCAGCCAAUGAUCACAGCUCAAUAUCGCGCGCACGGGGAGAGGGAGGUUCUACCUCGGCGGCUGCUGCUUACGGCGUGGCUGCGCGGGUGCCAUGUCUUGAAAGCGAUCUGCGAUGUGGGCAAAGUGCGCCCAGUGUCAGUAGCUUCGUAUGCGCUGUGCUUUCGACGUUUAGUUCAACGUUAAGGGCCCCAUGUCGCAGAAAAUCCGGCGUCGAACAUCGCUUCGGGCAAAAGAUUUUCGAACCACCCAUACCCAGGCCUUCCAUGUGGCACAAGGAAGUUACUGAACUAACUGAAUUUCUCAAGCUAAAAUACAUAGAAAAAUCAUGAAGUACGACUUGCACACAACCUACAGAAAUGAUAGCUUCGGAUUGUAAUUUGAAUAUACGGGAUAACAUAAUUCUAUUACGUGAAAAGUCAAACCCCUUUUCCAGCGUUUCUAUCAUACAUAGACUGGCCAUGGUGUCUGCCAUUUGCUCGCACCGGCAUGCUAAUAUCUCAGAGGCCAUGGAGCGCCGCGCCCGUUUGCUUGAAACACUUUCAGAUGGCGCUCGCAUCGCAGCCCACGCAGAAAGCUGCAUUUCUACCAGAAAGCCCACCGUCGUGCAUAGUAUUCGCCGCAAGCAUUUGUCGGUAAACAUUACGGUGCAAUUACGGAGAAGCGUGAGAAGGAGUCGGGUAUCUUUGAAUGCUAUGAUGUUCCACUCUUAAAGGGACACUAAAGGUUACUAUAAAGUCAAGUUAAAGCGAUAAAGCAAUGCCCUAGAAUGUCUAAGGCAUCAAUAUAAUCGCAAACAGAGCUUUACUAACCGAGAAAUUGAGGUAAAUGCAUGACAUGAUUUGAAACCCCCCAGCGACAUUCUGGUACUAGCCCGAUGACGAAAGCACUCCUCAUCAUAAUUUAUGUCACUAGUACUCAACUACUAGAUUAUAAGACAGAAGAAAAUGCUACUUGUCUACUUCUAUUCGAUUCUAAAAAAAAAAUAACAUUUUGACGUUACCCUUGAGUAGCACGGGUGAUCGAAAGGUUUUGUUUUCGCUCGACUCUGCACGCUCGACUUUGGAGUUUCAGUUGUUUCUUUAUCGCGUCGUGCUGCGGUGGUCCUGCUGGCUCGUGAAACUUGCAUUUAGAACAAGCAGCGAAAAUGUAACAUCCAUGUGAUGUCGUGGGAUGCGCAAAUGGUCCGCGGAACUUGGCCAAGGGCAGUUGCAGCGGCGAAUUCAAUGUUACUUAUCACUGUGUGCCAACGAGUGAACCUCCCUGUUCGAAGUGGUUAAGUGCCGUACCUCUGCCACAGCACGCUGGCGAAGAGCCGAAAAAUGGCGUAGUGUGCUCGCUGCACAUUCGUCCAGAGGAUUACGAGUACAACACCGACUUACUGAAGUCAUGUGGAGUGCCUUUCAAAGCAGGCCGCCAUCGUAGUAGUACGCAAAGACGCCGGCAGCGCGAGCCCUCAGCAACAGGUCACAUUCAUCAGUGCUUAAAUCGCUGAAGUUGAGCCCAGCAUCGCGAGCUAAUGUGUCGUUGUCAGGGUCGUCCAUUGCAAUGAGCGUCGAAGUUGGCGUCAUAAAAUAAAGAACCAGCUUAUCAUCGCGCACUUUCCCUUCCGCUAGCCACCGUAGUUCCGCUUUCGCGCUACUGUCGGCUCUGUCUUGGCUCUGUUUCUGGCCGCGCGUUUGUAUUUUGCGGAGAAAAGCCGUAGCACCGUCUGCGGGCGCUGCUUUACUCACCGACAGCGCAACGUCACUAUGAGACCAUGACGUUACCACUCCUUGAUCGGAGGGCGGGCAAUUUGAACUGCACUAGAGGUACGCGAACAUUUCAGAAUGCAUUUUCUCUUAAAAUAAGUCUCUUCAUUGCACGAACCAAACGUUUCGAGGUUUCUGGGAUGGUAUUUCAACAGUCCACGUUGACUUAAUAAUAACCUUUAGUGUCCCUUUAAAGGCGAAGCUUAAGGGGGGAUGCUAGGCUGAAGGGUCAACUUUUGAAGCGCUCAACCAAUUUUUAUGAAAUUUUCAGGGGUGAUUGAUCUUGUUGUCAUUAGAAUAUUUUCCAAAUAUCAGCACCCUAGCGCAACAAGAAAGAAAGUUAUAACUGUGAAAUUUAGCAAUCUUGUGUGUCAACUUACGAAAACUAUCGUUUACAAAAUGAUAAAAAUAUAAAAAUUAUUUGUGAUUAGAUCCGUUCUGUAUGGUUUAUGGUGCAGGAUAAGGUCAGUUGCACAUAUUGUAUGUCAUUUCUGUAAAAAUGCCAUCACUCUGAAAAUGAAGUUCAUUUUUUUUCGCUGUCAUUACAUGUCGAAGAUCUGCUAAAUAAUAUAUGUUGGAAAAAAUUUAGGCAUCUUAAAAGUACUUUAUCUUGUUCCUCACAAAAUUUCAGUCUAGAAAAAACAUUGGAAGCAGCAUUUGGUGAAGCAGUUUGGAAAAGAUACUUUUCCUAUAGCUAUUUUUUUGCAAUAAGUGCAAACUGGAAAAAAUCAAUUCAAGGAUUUCAGAGCAUGACAUUUAUUCUUAUGAUCAGAAAAAUUUAAUCAAAGUGCCCUGCUGCAUAUGUCGGGCCCUCCUCUUCAACACGAGGCUGCUCUGCGGCGAUCACUUCAAGACAUUGGCUCUUUUUUUUUCAACUUUAGAGCUAUCCAUCGCUCUUGCCCUCGCUCGUGAAAUGGCUUGCUUCGUUGCUUCCUGAACGUGCUUAUUCGUCUGGACUCCAUGUUCAAGUUCCAGCUUGUCGAGAACUCUCUUGAUGCCACGCGUUCCUUCAUUGAAUUCGAGCACAGCCAGGGCCUCCGCAGUCUCCACUGUUCUCAAUGAUGCAAAGUCUGUCUUUGGGCACAUUUUCCAUAGAAGAGCAUUGAAGGACUCGUUUGCAUUCUGUGUCUGCGUCCUCGAACAUCGCACAAGAAGCUCUGGCUUACUAAGCCUGUUGUAGAGAGGCACCAGCUCUUUGGCAACAUCUCUGCUGAAAGCUGGAUGAUGGGAUCUUGGCACUGAUGGCUUGUCCGCUGCAACUAGGGCUCUGUGCCGAUUGUAGUGACACCAAGAGUCCUCACCAACUGGGCGAGCGUCAUGUCGUGGGAUUUCAUCUGUUGAGUUGGAGUGAAAAAGCGUCGCAAAUACUCCUCGUUGCAUUUUUCUUUUUUUUUUUAACAUCUGGAGCAUUGUCUUUCAGGGCAGAUGCAUAGUAAGCAGCGAGUUUUUUUACAAGACUUUGUGUCAGCUUUCCCUUGCCUCCUAGACCUUUCGUCGUUUUCUUUAGUUUCUCAAUUUGUCUAAAAAGCGCGAAAAACGAACUUCCUAACGUGGGCAUUGACUUACUUUGCGUUUCGUUUUUUGCCCAAUAUGCGGCCGCGUCUGGAAAAACAGCAUUCAGAGUCGCGUUCGACGGGAAAUGCGCACCACCAACUUGUGAAAAAAAUUCAUUUUGUUCCUUUCUACUGCUCAGAUAACAACCAAACUUGGCAAGAAGAUUCUUUAUUAAACAAGCAAUUCAGAACAACUCGGGAUAAAAAAACAUUUUUUUUUUUUCACCGAAAUCGGUAUUUUAGCCCCUUAUGCCCCCUUAAGCAUCCUCCAAAUUUUGACAGCAACUUUCUGCAGUCAUUGAGCGAGAUGUGUUCGUGCUUACCUGUGCACGCGUGACACCGUGCUUGUUAAUUUAGUUAUUAAGCGAAUGUUUACAACUUUAUCCUUGCCAGCUACUACAAGCUACUAUCCUUAACUUCAUGUAGAUGUCUACUAAUUUGCUGUCGGAAUCAAUGCUUUGCCUCUGGGGUGAAACUGCAACUUUUUUUGUUUGUUUUUUACUUUGGACGUUCGUCACUCACUCUUUGCGAUAACAUUGUUACAUAUCACGACCAAAGUUUUCGAUAUGAGGCGUUUCAGAUAUUAUGCACUUCGGAUAAAAUGGACAUUUUCUGACGGAUUGUCAGGGUCCGUUGCAACGAGAGUGAACUGUAUAUGUAUAGUGUCAAGCAGCUGCACAAAGCAAGUACUUGAAUCUGAAGAAACUGCCUACAUCUGAUAUUAAUACAAGGGUGGUAAUGAAACACCACAUAAAAUGACACCAUGAAAAAACUGGUGUGAGUCUCAGGAUUUGUACCAAGUGGGCAUCUAUUUAGCACUGAACAGCUUACGAGUCAUAAAAAUAAGCCAAUCAAUGAAAUUAUCUUAAUUACAGAUAUAUUGUCAACUAUCUGAGAUUUCUGAUGCCCUCUACUUCUAAUAUUGCCCAGAAGAAAUUGUAUUCUUCACCAUAUCUUUUUUACAAUUGGAGACAGUCAUUUUUGUAACGCCCUGUGUAACAUCAGUUCCAUUAAAGCUCUGAAUUGCAGUCUGGCUAAAAUUAUUAGUUGUGCUACUAAGGGCUUACUCCAUGGAAGAUUUUAAAAGCUUCAAAGGGGGACACUUGUAUAUAUACUACGUACUUGGUUUUACACUUGGUUCAGAGUUUCGUUGUCAAUACGUUGAGACCCCAGCACAAGUUUUUCUGCAGACCUAAGUGUUAUCACUUUUUUUUUUUUUUUUGAGCACCACAGAGGCAUCCACUACUGCCACACAUUAUGAUGCACUGGUCUUUGAAGAUACUACUAACAUGUUACGCAUAAUGUGGUGUGACUUGAUGUGUGUUUACAAACAUUUCGAAACCUGGUAUACCUUAGAAAACAUGCAUUGAUGUUGUAGUUUUUUUUAUCCAUUAUUAUUUUCAUGUUUUGGCCGUCAUGGUGUGUGAUGAUGUAUCUAGCUACCUUCCCUAUGAUAACAGAGGCAUUAACUACUGUGAACCUGUGACAAAUGACGGUGAUGAAAUUGUUUACAAAGUGGCUCUUGCCUAUGGCAUUUAAACUGAACAAAUGGAAUUGCAUACAGUAUGAGCACCUUGAUUGGGAAGGGUGUUGUAACUAGAAUGCAAUUUUCUAUGGCUAUGGUCAGCAUCAGCAACUGUUGUCAUAUCCCUGCUGGCUAACUGACAAUGCUUGGUGGUCGUCAUUUUUUGUGCGUGUGACUGUGAUGAAGGGAGCAUUAUUUUAACUGCGGACAAUGUUAGUGUGGUGCUUUCCCUUUAGGACUGAUGUGAUCUUGUUGCUUGUACUUUUAUUCAACAUUUGGAGCUGUUCACUGCUCUAGCUAAGUGCCUUUGCCAUGUGAUGAAUGCUCAGUGAGUAUAUAACCCUUAUUUAUUGGUUUGACCAAGUUGGUAUGUUGUUGCAGCACAGCAUUGUAAUUAUUAAUUACGUUCACCUGAGUGGAUAUUGCUCUGCUUCUGUAUCAUGUGUACAUAUCAGUUUUAUUACUGUGUGUGUUUUCAGUGUCUUAGUUUUUGAACUAUGUAAAGCACUUAAAGGGAAAACACAUCUUUCAUAUUCACACUUGGCCAUGGGAUACUAUGUGACCACUUUUCAAUGCGUUGGAUCAUAUGUGAUACAAAUAAAACAGCUUAUAUGUUCA